GACAGUAAUGUCGUCGUCUAAUUUAGAAGCACCUCCAUUAAUGCGAAAAUUAUUAAUUGGACAAUUAUUUCAUAAUACUGAUAAAUUGCCAAUAUAUAAUUCAAUUCGACAAAUUUGGGAAAUGGAUCUCCUUGACAACAACAUCACCACUACCACCAAUAAUACUAAUAAUAGUGUUCUGAAGAAAUUAUCAUGGUGUAUGCUUUGGUUACAAGGUAGAAUCAUUAAAAAUUAUCAAUCACCUAAUAAUAAUAAUAAUAAUAAUUUCAUAUUAGAUGAUGGUACAGGUGAAUUAUUAAUUAUUUAUGAUUUAGACAAAAACCAACCAGUCAAUUAUAAAGUAAAUAUUGGAGAUUAUGUUGCUGUAAUUGGUAAAUUAGUUCAACCUAAUAAAGAUAAUAAUAAUAAUAAUAAUAAUGAUUAUGAUGAUAAAAAGGAAUGUCUAAAUGGUUGGCAUAUUCUAGCUAAAAGUGUUACACAUUUAACUGAUCAUAUUAUACAACAAGAUAAUGGUGAAUUAUUAUAUACAUCAUCAUCGUCAUCAUCACAAAAGAUCAUGUCGAAUUCAGCAUUUUAUGAAUUAUCUUGGCCUUUAGAAGUUAUAGAUAUGACAUAUUCUGUAUAAAAUUGAAAAUGUUUUGUAAAUACUAUUUUUUUUAUAAUGUAAAAUAAAAAU